AUCCGCAAGAUGGCAAAAAGAUUACAACCCUGACCUCUGUUUCGUGACUAAAAACAACCAUGGAUUUUCAGUAAAAACAAGUAGACAAGUCCUCAGUGACUUUCCCCGAAGCCAACACAGACCGGUCUUGAUCAAAGUUGGAACCCAAAUUCCCAUUACAAAUUCCAUUCCAAAACCUCGUUGGAAUUUCCUCAAGGCAGAUUGGAAUGAAUACAGAAAACGUCUAGACGAUAACAUAAGUUGGAUCAAACCAGAAGCUAACAACUAUGAUCGCUUUGUCAAGAUGGUCAUCCAAACAGCAAAGAAAUGCAUCCCAAGGGGCUACAGAAAAGAGUACAUUCCGGGAUGGAGCAAAGAGAGUGAUGACCUAUAUAAUGAAUACCAUAUAAAUAAUAACCCAGAUACAGCAGAUGCACUCUUAAACUCACUCUCCAUAGCACGAAAAACCCGAUGGAUUAAAACAGUAGAAGAAAUUGAUUUUAAACAUUCUAGCAGAAAAGC